AUGUCGUCACCCACGGCAACAAGAGCAGACGUCAAGCUCAGGAAAGCCAAGCUGCUGCACAGAUGUUGGUGCAGUUCUACACGGCCAUCACCUCCUCCAUCACCUCCUCCAUCACCUCCUCUAUCACCGCCUCAUCACCUCCUCCAUCACCUCCUCCAUCACCUCCUCCAUCACCUCCUCCAUCACCUCCUCCAUCACCUCCUCUAUCACCGCCUCCAUCACCUCCUCCAUCACCUCCUCCAUCACCUCCUCCAUCACCUCCUCCAUCACCUCCUCCAUCACCUCCUCUAUCACCGCCUCAUCACCUCCUCCAUCACCUCCUCCAUCACCUCCUCCAUCACCUCCUCCAUCACCUCCUCCAUCACCUCCUCUAUCACCGCCUCCAUCACCUCCUCCAUCACCUCCUCCAUCACCUCCUCCAUAACCUCCUCCAUCACCUCCUCCAUCACCUCCUCCAUAACCUCCUCCAUAACCUCCUCCAUCACCUCCUCCAUCACCUCCUCCAUCACCUCCUCCAUUCCCUCCUCCAUCACCUCCUCCAUCACCUCCUCCAUCACCUCCUCCAUCACCUCCUCCAUCACCUCCUCCAUCACCUCCUCUAUCACCUGCUCCAUCACCUCCUCCAUAACCUCCUCCAUAACCUCCUCCAUCACCUCCUCCAUCACCUCCUCCAUCACCUCCUCCAUCACCUCCUCCAUUCCCUCCUCAUCACCUCCUCCAUCACCUCCUCCAUCACCUCCUCUAUCACCUCCUCCAUCACCUCCUCUAUCACCUCCUCCAUCACCUCCUCUAUCACCUCCUCUAUCACCUCCUCAUCACCUCCUCCAUCACCUCCUCCAUCACCUCCUCCAUCACCUCCUCCAUCACCUCCUCUAUCACCUCCUCCAUCACCUGCUCCAUCACCUCCUCUAUCACCUCCUCUAUCACCUCCUCAUCACCUCCUCCAUCACCUCCUCCAUCACCUCCUCAUCACCUCCUCCAUCACCUCCUCCAUCACCUCCUCUAUCACCUCCUCUAUCACCUCCUCUAUCACCUCCUCAUCACCUCCUCCAUCACCUCCUCCAUCACCUCCUCCAUCACCUCCUCAUCACCUCCUCUAUCACCUCCUCAUCACCUCCUCCAUCACCUCCUCCAUCACGUCCUCCAUCACGUCCUCCAUCACCUCCUCCAUCACCUCCUCCAUCACCUCCUCCAUCACCUCCUCCAUCCACCUCCUCUAUCACCUCCUCAUCACCUCCUCCAUCACCUCCUCCAUCACCUCCUCUAUCACCUCCUCCAUCACCUCCUCUAUCACCUCCUCUAUCACCUCCUCAUCACCUCCUCCAUCACCUCCUCCAUCACCUCCUCUAUCACCUCCUCCAUCACCUCCUCUAUCACCUCCUCCAUCACCUGCUCCAUCACCUCCUCUAUCACCUCCUCUAUCACCUCCUCAUCACCUCCUCCAUCACCUCCUCCAUCACCUCCUCUAUCACCUCCUCUAUCACCUCCUCUAUCACCUCCUCAUCACCUCCUCCAUCACCUCCUCCAUCACCUCCUCCAUCACCUCCUCAAUCACCUCCUCUAUCACCUCCUCAUCACCUCCUCCAUCACCUCCUCCAUCACGUCCUCCAUCACGUCCUCCAUCACCUCCUCCAUCACCUCCUCCAUCACCUCCUCCAUCACCUCCUCCAUCACCUCCUCUAUCACCUCCUCAUCACCUCCUCCAUCACCUCCUCCAUCGAGUCCAUCCUCACCUCCUCCAUCACCGUGUGGUUCGCUGGAGCCACAGUCAGGGACAAACAGAGACUACAGCGCAUUGUGCGCUCUGCAGAGGAAGUGAUCGGCCGCAGCCUUCCAUCGCUGCAGGACCUAGAGAAGGGUGGGAUGGGGGUGAGGGGAGGUGGGGUGAGGGGAGGUGGGGUGAGGGUGGGAGGUGGGGUGAGGGUGGGAGGUGGUGGUGGGGGUGGAGGUCGGCUCAAUGUUGGGAGGGGUCUGAGUGUCCGCGGCUCAGGCCUGUCACGGAGAUGA